UCUAUUUGCUGGCUGUAUAAAAAUAACAAAUCUAGUAAUUAAAUUAGGCAUAAAUGUUUUUUGUGGCCCAAACUACACUUGCUGCGUAAAUGAACGUGUUACAAUAACACAACUAGUUCCUAAUCGCUUAAAAUUGUGAAGAAAUUCAACCACUUGCUGCUGUCAAUCAAAGAGGAAAUCGCACUGCCCCCACCCUCGCUACCAGCGCAACCGCUUGAAGAGCGCUGAAGACAUUUUUUUUUGUUGGUCUUUGGUUUAGGCCAAAAUGUCGAAGAACAAGCUGAAUCUGGUGCUGCCGCCGGUGAAUACGGAUGCGACGGCUGCAGCGGCACAGGUGGCACCAACGCCGCCCUUCAAAACACCAUCGGGCACAGACACACAUAGUUUGCUGGGCAAGCCCAAGACGAGCAUCGAUGCAUUAACGGAGACACUAGAGGGUCUGGACAUGGACGAUACAGAACGUAAACGCAUUAAGGUGUUUCUCAGCCAAAAAGAGAAAAUCGGUGAGCUCUCCGAGGAGGAUCUGGAAAAGCUGGGCGAACUGGGCUCUGGCAAUGGUGGUGUAGUAAUGAAAGUGCGUCACACGCUUACACAUCUUAUCAUGGCGCGCAAGCUCAUCCAUUUGGAGGUCAAACCGGCUAUCAAAAAGCAAAUCUUGCGGGAAUUAAAAGUGUUGCACGAAUGCAAUUUUCCACAUAUUGUGGGCUUCUAUGGCGCCUUCUAUAGUGACGGUGAGAUCAGUAUUUGCAUGGAGUAUAUGGAUGGCGGCUCGCUGGAUCUCAUACUGAAACGCGCCGGCCGCAUACCGGAGUCCAUACUGGGCCGCAUUACACUGGCGGUGCUCAAGGGCUUGAGUUAUCUGCGGGACAAGCACGCCAUCAUACAUCGUGAUGUCAAACCAAGCAACAUACUCGUCAAUAGCAGCGGCGAGAUAAAGAUCUGUGAUUUUGGUGUUUCCGGUCAGCUAAUUGACUCUAUGGCGAACUCCUUUGUGGGCACGCGCAGCUACAUGUCGCCGGAACGGUUGCAGGGCACACAUUACUCCGUGCAAUCGGAUAUAUGGUCCUUGGGUUUAUCGCUGGUGGAAAUGGCCAUUGGCAUGUAUCCGAUACCGCCACCAGAUACGGCCACUCUGGAAACGAUAUUUGCAGAUAACUCUAAUGAGGACGGUCAACCGACAGUGCUGGAGCCACGGGUGAUGGCCAUAUUUGAGCUGCUGGAUUAUAUAGUUAAUGAGCCGCCACCGAAGCUAGAACAUAAAAUAUUUAGCAACGAGUUCAAGGACUUUGUGGACAUUUGCCUAAAGAAGCAGCCCGAUGAGCGCGCUGAUCUCAAAACCUUGCUGAGCCACAGUUGGAUUCGCAAGGCUGAAGUGGAGGAUGUGGACAUAUCGGGCUGGGUGUGCAAGACAAUGGAUUUGCCACCUUCGACGCCUAAACGCAAUACCUCGCCGAAUUAGAGCGCAUUCCUCUUUAUUCAACAUAUAUUUGUUCCAAUUUAUUCAGAACGCUCUUAUAAAAGCAAUUCAAACACCAAUGCCUAGAAACAAAAAGUUAAAGUUAAACACGCACAGGCGCACAACGCAUUGACGCACAUACAAACGUGUUUGUAUGGACGUUGUAUAAGUAUAAGUGUGCCUUCUUACAUCAAUCAACCUCUACAUAGUUACCAUAGCGCUCCCUGCCCGCCUCCGCACCAAGGAGCCUUCAAGUAAUCGAAUUCUAAAGCAAAUAUAGUACAUACAUAUAAUAUAUAAAUCAAAUGCCAAACAGUUUGUAAAACUCGUCAAUUCUUGAAAACACUUUUAUGAGACGUCUGCGUAUUAAAAUUAACUUGGCUUUUAAUUGUGUUUAAGUACCUUGGGCCAGUAAAUACUUUUUAUUUCUCUCUAUUUAAACG